AUGGUCAACCAAAAUAAUUUUUCAUAUGAUACUUUACGACUUUUAGCAAUAAAGGCCUUUAUUUAUGCUUUAAUUAUUGGAAAGCAUCAGAAAAUAUGGUCUUUAAUGAAUGAUGAAGAUGUCUGUGACAAGUGUAGAAAGUAUAUAAAUUCAGUAAAAAUUGAUGAUCGAACACCAAAACUUUUUUUAAAAUUUAUUAGAGAUUCUAUUAUUCCUUUAUUUUGGAGUAUUGAAGUUUCAGAAAGUCAAGAUAUGUAUUGUAUUAAAACAGCAAUUUCAUGGAUGAAUAGUUUAGGAUUUUAUUAUCAUAGUUCUUCUAUUAUGGUUUCAGAUUUUCUUUGUCCAUGUCAUGGAACACUUAAAUACAAUAAUCAAUGUGCAAGAAAUCUUAUUGAACCAGGUAAAAAUCGAGAUGGUUAUUGGACAAAUGCAGAUCUUAUUAAACAAUUACAAGAAAAGGUAAUUCCCAUCUUUAAUGAAUUGCAUUCUACAUCAAUUGGACUUUUUUGUUUCGAUUCUUCACAAAAUCAUCAAUCUUGUACACCAGAUGCUCUUAAUGCAGUAUCUUUAAAUCUUAAAGAUGGUGGAAAAAAUAAAGGAAUUUGUACAAUUCUUGAAGAACGAGGAUUAUGGCGAAAUAAUCUUAAACUGGAAU